AUGUUUCUAAAGCUGCACGUGCUGUUCGUCUGCGUCUUCGUUGAAGCCUACGCCCUUGAGCACCAUCAGCUGAACCAGGCUGGAUACGUGGAUUUAGGCUUCGCAGGUUAUGCUGCUGCACCGGCGCCGAACCGAAGAUACGACGCCUAUGCCUCUCCACCUCAGCCGUACAGCUUCGGCUACGACAAUGUGGAUGAGUACGGCAACCAGCAGUUCCGCAGCGAGCAAGGCGAUUCCAACAACGCCAAGACUGGCUCCUACGGUUAUCGAGACGCGAACGGUCUCUACCGCCGCGUGAACUACGUGGCCGACGCGAACGGCUUCCGGGCCACCGUGGACACCAACGAGCCGGGCACGGCACCUGGUGCCAGCGCGGACGCGGUCUUCAACGCUGCACCAGUCGUUCCUCCGGUCCCCUCAGGCGCUGCGCAGAUUGCUGCACCCGCAGCCUUUGCUGCUAGGGCGGUAGCACCUUACAAUGCGGGUGGCUACAGUGGGUACGGCAGAUACGGCGACAACCCCAACGCAGGCGCUGCUGGAGCGUACGCUUACACCCCCUACAGAGGUCAGGGUUAUGUGGCCAGUGGUCCAGCACUUGGCGGCUACGCGUACGAAGGCAAUGCUCCCUACGGCUACGGUGCUGCCGGCUACGCAGCGGGUUAUGCGCCGGGUGUCUAUGGAACCGCAGCUGCUUACGGAGGUUGGCCUUCCGCUCACCAUGCCUACCGUCGUCGUUAA